AUGAGCGAAGAAGUGACGGUAUGUGUGACAGGAGCUACAGGCUUCAUAGCUUCAUGGCUGGUCAAGCUUCUGCUUCACCGUGGCUACACCGUCAAAGCUUCUGUUCGUGACCCAAGUGACGAGAAGAAGACGGCCCAUUUACUUGGACUUGAGGGAGCAGCGGAAAGGCUCCAACUUUUCAAAGCAGACCUGCUGGCAGAAGGCUCUUUUGAUUCCGCCAUGGAAGGGUGUGUUGCAGUUUUCCACACGGCUUCCCCUGUUUCCUUCUCGGCCGCUGACCCUCAAGCAGAGAUAAUUGAUCCAGCAGUGAAAGGAACCCUCAACGUUUUGAAAUCAUGUGCAAACUCUCCUUCUGUAAAGAGAGUGAUCGUAACUUCCUCUGUCGCAUCGAUUUUCUACACAGGGAAACCAGUAAGCCCAGAUUCAGUGGCUGAUGAGACUUGGUUCUCCGAUCCAGAUCACUGCAAGGAACUUAAGGUUUGGUACCAACUUAGCAAGACCUUGGCUGAGUUAGCUGCGUGGAAUUUUGCAAAGGAGAAUGGAAUCGACAUGGUGACUAUACAUCCUGGUUUUGUAAUUGGUCCCUUUUUUCAGCCCACUAUGUGUUCUUCAGUGAGCAUGAUUCUCAACCUGGUUAAUGGAAACAAGACUUACCCAAACUUCCAUUACUGGGUAGUUGAUGUUAGAGAUGUUGCAGAAGCUCAUAUCAAAGCUUUUGAGAAUCCAUUAGCUUGUGGAAGAUACUGCUUAGUUGAAAGUAGUGUGUCAUUCUGUCAUGUUCUGGGGAUUCUUCAAGAGUUCUACCCAACAUUGCCUCUGGCUGACAAGUACUGCUAUGCUUUCUCUACGAUGUUUGCUUUGUUCUUCAAGGUGUUUCUAUGGCUUUUUUGCCAACAAAUUCUUGCUUUCAUUUUGUUGUUGUGUUAUAACAGAUGUGAAGAAAUCAAUACUGUGAAGCUGCCAGAGUUUAGGGCAUCCAAGGAGAAGGCAGAAGAGGGCUUGGGGAUCAAGUUCGUCCCACUAGAAGAGUCUCUCAAGGACACUAUUGAAUGUUUGAAGGAUAAAGGAUUCCUUCAUUUCUGA